UAGAAUAAAGAUGGCCGCCGUCAGGUCGGUGGAAGCGACGGAGUCUUCUUCAUCAAACUGUGUGUUUCACUGACGACGCGCUGGACGAUGCGGGGACCGGGGACGCUCCCUGGCAGCCGAGCUACCGGGCGCUAGUCGGGCUCGUCCCGGCGUGAGAGCGGCUCCGCGGGCGGCUGCAGCCGAUGGGCUCCUCGGGGUGUUCGGGUAAAAAAGACGGAAGACUGCGCAUCAACAGAGCGAAGCGGCGAUGCUAACAUGCUAACCUGCUAACUGUAAUAAAGCUGAAGACACUGAGGACGUGGUUCUGCACGGAGACGCCAGCGGACGGCGUCCAGUGAGACUCUCUCUCUCUCUCUCUCUCUCUCUCUCUCUCUCUCUCUCUCUCUCUCGCUCGGCCUCAGCAUGGCGAGCAGGAGGAAGUCCACCGUCCCCUGCAUGGUUCCUCCCAGAGAGGCCGUGGACUCGGACCAGGAGAUGGAGGAGGUCCCGGAGGAGACGGACGGGGACGGGGAGGACGCUCACGGCGUGGGGGGCGUGUCCACGGAGGUCAGCGACCUGCCGGGGGGGGGCGACCCGGACCCGGCCGAGGGAGGGUACGAGUGUAAAUACUGCAGCUUCCAGACGUCGGAGCUGAACCUGUUCACGAUGCACGUGGACACGCAGCACCCGGACGUGGUCCUCAACACGUCAUACGUGUGCGUGGCGUGUGACUACCACACCAAGAGUUACGACACGCUGCUCGCCCACAACGCCCGCCUGCACCCGGGCGAGGACGGCUUCACCCGGACGCUGGUGAAGAGGAACAACGAGACCGUCGUCCAGCAGACGCUCAACGACCUGACCUUCGACGGCAGCUUCGUCAAAGAGGAAGAGGAGGAGCCUGAGGAGCCGGAGGGGGCGUCCCACACGAGCAUCGCCCUCAGCAAGACGCCCAUCAUGAGGAUCCGGAGCAGGGCGGAGCCUAAGAAGUUCACUGCUACGCACAAGAUGGCCGUGGACGACAUCAUCAAAGUGGAGAGCGACGACGAGGACGAGGAGAACAAGGCCCCGCCCACUCUGUCUCCCGCCCCGAUGACCCCUGCCGCCGCCCUGACCCCUUGCCUCGUCCCCGUGUCCUCGCCGCUGCAGGUCCAGGCCGUCCCGCAGAGCAUCGUGGUCAACAGCUCCAACCUGCUGCACUUUAAAGGCGGGUCGGCCGGCGGCGUGCUGCCCCCGGGGACGCUGGCCCAGGUGCUGUCGGCGCUGCAGCAGCAGCACGGCGCCCAGAGCCAGACGCAGCUGCUCAUCCCCAUCAGCAGCAUCCCCACCUACAACAGCGCCAUGGACAACAACGUCCUGCUGGUCAGCGCCUACAACCGGUUCCCGUACCCGUCGGUCUCUGAGAUCAUGGGCCUGUCGUCUCAGACCAAGUUCAGUGAGGAGCAGAUCAAGGUGUGGUUCUCUGCUCAGAGGCUGAAGCACGGAGUCAGCUGGACGCCGGAGGAGGUGGAGGAGGCGCGGAGGAAGAAGUUCAACGGCACGGUGCAGAGCGGCCAUCAGACCAUCACCGUCAUCCCCGCCAACAUGGCCGCCGCCACCAACGGCCUGCAGUCCAUCUUCCAGACGUGUCAGAUCGUGGGACAGCCGGGUCUCAUCCUCACGCAGGUGGGCGGUACCGCCAGCAACUUGCCCGUGGCGUCCCCCAUCACCCUGACGGUGGCGGGCGUCCCCGGCAACCAGCCGAAAGCUGCCGAGCCCUCCACGUCCGAGUCCAAGACGGAGAUGUCGGCGUCUUCGGCCGGUUCGGACGCCGCGGGGACGAAACCCAAGAAGUCGAAGGAGCAGCUGGCGGAGCUGAAGGCGAGCUACGGCCGGAGGCAGUUCGCCACGGAGGUGGAGAUCUCUCGCCUCAUGCAGGUCACCAAACUCUCCAAGCGGGCGAUCAAGAAGUGGUUCAGCGACACGCGCUACAACCAGAGGAACUCCAGGGAUCACCACGGCGUCCUGCUGAGUGAGGCGGCGCCCGGCAGAGCGCCGUCCGCAGGGGGGGGCCGAGCGGGAAGGAGCAGCGGCGGGAGUCUGAACGACAGCACCUGCAGCGACCACGCCUCCAACACCAUCGUUAUCGACUCCAGCGACGACGCCAGCGACUGCUCCCCGACCUCCGCCAGCGUCCCGGGGGCGUCCUGUCCCGCCAGCGCCCCGCGGGUCAAGUUCCGCCACGCCUUCCCUGACUUCACGCCACAGAAGUUCAAGGAAAAGACUCCGGAGCAGCUCCUCCUCCUGGAGGCCAGCUUCCAGGAGUUAGACACGCCCUCUGACGAGGAGCUGAGCCGGCUGCGAGCCGAGACCAAGCUGACGCGGCGCGAGGUCGACGCCUGGUUCACCGAGAGGCGGAAGGUCCCGCCUCCGGCCAAAGAUGGCGACGGCGACGCGGACGAGGAGAAGGUAAAACCGGCCUCGGCUCAGGAGAGGCACGCGACUCCCCCUGGUGGCAGGAAGCUGGUGAAGAAGACGCCGGAGCAGCUCCACAUCCUGAAGAAGGCGUUCGUCCGCUCGCAGUGGCCGACGCCCGAGGAGUACGACUCCAUGACGGAGGACAGCCGCCUGCCCAGGGCCUACAUCGUCAACUGGUUCGGAGACACGCGCUACGCCUGCAAGAACAGCAACCUCAAGUGGUACUACCUCUACCAGAGCGGCAAGGAGGACGAGGCGCUGAACGGCGUCGUCAAGAAGAAGCCGAGGAAGCGUUUCCGAGGUUGGUCCAGGAGGACGCGCCGGCCUUCUCCCUGCAAAUCUUCGCCACAGGGGGGCGCCACCGCCAUCAAGGUGAAGUCGGGCAAAGCGUUUCUGAAGGACUACUUCCUCCGACACCGAGUCCUGAGUGAGAAGGACCUGGACGACCUGGUGACCAAGUCCAGCAUGAGCUACGAGCACGUGAGGGACUGGUUCUCCGCCACCGCCAGGCGGGUGGAGGAGGGCAAGGAGCCGUUCAGUGACGAGGAGGCUGAGGGGGAGGAGGCUGAGGGGGAGGAUGAGGACGAGGAAGGGGAGGAGGAGACGGCGGCCGAGGCAGAAGAAGAAGAAGAAGAGCACGGAUGCAGCGAGGAAGAGAUGGAGGUGAAGGAACAAGGAGAGGAGGCUUCAGAGGACGACUGCAAGGAGGAAGAGGAGGAGGAAGAGGAGGAGGAGGAAGAGGCAGAGGUAGAGGAGGAGAUCCAGGAGGAAGCUGGAGGAGUCAGCCAAUCACAGCCUCCGGCCGAGGAGCAGACAUGAGCCUGCAGACUGAGCAUCGCCCCCCCGACCCGCGGAGCCGCCACCGACAGAUGCUCGUCAGUGUUUCUCAGCCGGCGGCUCGGGACCCGGAGACGCCGCAGGCCGCUCAGAGCGACCGACCACGUGACACUGACACGCCGGCGUGGUGACCUCGACUUGAACUCUGGGUCCUGAUGAAGCUGAGAAGCACUGAGACAACGAGUGUUUGUUGUGAUGAACUCUGGGACCAACUCAACGUGGAAGACGCUUCUCGCUUCUCGCCGAGCGGCGCCGGCGUCUCGAGAGUAAGUUCCAGCUCCGCCCCUCUACAACUCACAAGCCUUUUAUUCUGCUGAGAGUGACGGGCUUUUGUUUUGGCCUUUACGUCACUUUUUCUUAUUAUAAAAAUGCGUUUUAAGGUAAACUUUGUAUAAAGGAAAAAAAAAUCCAAAACAUUUCUGAGAGGUGAGACCUCGUGAUUCUGUCGAGAUUCAAACUUUCUCAGAGAAACGACUUCGCCCCAAAACCCGACAGUUGUUUCUCCUCUGAGACACGACUUCCUGAAUCAGUGCCAUUCUGUUCAUAACUGUGUUUUACAUUUAAAAAAAAGUGCUGGAAUAAAUUCCACGUUUUAACUCUUUUA